AUCAAGUGCGAUUGUCCAACUUGCACCUUCUUAAAAUUAGAGAUAUGGUCUGUGGUAUUUCAAUUGCUGGCAUUUGAUUGUGCCACGACCCGAGUCUGGAGAUACAGCGACUACAACUUAAGACGGGACAUCGUCACAAGACGACGCUUCUCGGCGCAAUCGAGCGCUUUUUAUUAUGUCAGAAGCCGGACCUUCAUCUGCCGGUCACCGGAUCUCGACUGGCGAAUUCACCGACGAUGAGAACUUAGAUAUCCCGUUGAGAGAUAUUCGCGAGGCCGAAUUCGAGCGCCUCGAAGCUGGGCCAGUGACAAAGGAGGCUGUCGAAGACGAGAAGAAACGGAGCAGCCGAUGGCCUCUAUGGCCGUUAAAUAAACGGCGGGGCUCCUCAGCUGGGUAUGCGAAAGUGGGUGAUGAUGAUGAUGAUGCCGCCAGCCCCCUGGCAGCCAAGGGCCUGAAAUCGAAGCCGACGAAGAAAGCGAGCGGGAGGAAGCUAGUAUGGGGAAUUUUCAUUUUCCUCAUCAUCUCUAAUCUCUGCUUCCUCGUUGCCGCGUCUUUCACAGGCCCGAUGUCCAACCCACUCUCACGCUGGGGUGCUCCCGGCACCACGAGCGAAGGCCUCUCCUGGUACCCGACCGACUUCCUCCGCGACGUGCAGCCAAUCCCUUGUCACUCUCACAAUGACUAUUGGCGCACCGUCCCCCUUUUCUCCGCGCUGCACGCAGGCUGCAUCAGCGUCGAAGCAGACGUGUGGCUGUUCCCCUCAGUGGAAACCCUCUUCAUAGGACACAACACCGCCUCCUUGACCGACAACCGCACAUUUACAUCUCUCUACGUUGAUCCAUUGGUAAAGAUCCUAGAGGAUAAUAACCCGAAGAGCGAAUUCAACAGCGGCUCAAUGAACGGCGUCUUCGACACCGACUCCAGCCAGUCCCUGACCCUCCUCGUCGACGUCAAAACCGACGGCACACAAACCUGGGCAGAAGUACUGCUCGAGCUACAACCGCUGCGUGAACGCGGCUGGUUAACAUUUAUGGAAAACUCCACUGUCCACCAGCGACCUAUCACAGUAGUUGGGACGGGGAACACCCCCUUUGACGUCCUUACAUCCAACUCCACCUACCGUGACGCGUUCUUCGACGCUCCCCUCCAAAACAUGUACGAGGAUGCCAAUGGUGUCGCUUCAAAAACCACCGCCGUCACCACCCCCGGCGGCCAAGGUACAACCGGCACAAGCGCCACCGAUUCCUACACAUCUCUAAACUCUUUUUACGCCUCAACCUCGUUCGAAGAGGUUCUCGGUAAAAUGUGGUUCUUCAACCUCUCCGACGAGCAGAAAGAGACGAUUCGUGGGCAGAUACGCGGCGCGAAGCGUAGGGGGCUGAAGGCGAGGUACUGGGAUCAGCCGACGUGGCCGAUGCAUGUGAGGAAUGAGAUCUGGAAGUUCCUAUGGGAGGAGGGGGUGGCGGUGUUGAAUGUCAAUGAUAUAGAGGGGGUGAAGAAGGUGUGGUAGUAGGAUGGUGUAUCACCUCACCGAUUAAUGCAUUUUAAGCGCGUAUAUAGAUAGCUGAUGGUAAUGAUCGCAUUCGCAAAUAAUUCUAAAU